ACGCAAGCUCAUAACACACUCAGGUUAGUGGGGACUUUAGGAUUUGAGUCGGCAGGCAUAAGGACCAUGCAGACCGCUCACUUCCACCCUCAGUCCAUUCCCUUUUCCAUCCUUCUUUUCCUCCUAACUUCAGUCCUGUUAGACGGUGCAAGGAAAAAUGAAGCUGAAGCUCCUCUCUCUGUUUACUGUUGUGCUCUUAACCCUGCACGAAUGGCCGAAUCAGAGCAAAGGAGCCGCAGCACUUACCUGCACAGUUAAACCAGGAAUCUGUCCCCGACGGAAAUGGGGAUCGGGCAUGUGUGCUGAAUACUGCACUAAGGACAGCGACUGUCCCAAUGAGGAGAAAUGCUGCCAUAACGGAUGUGGGCACGAGUGCAUCAGCCCUUAUACAGUGAAGCCUGGACGAUGCCCUAUGCCUAAGGGGACUCCGAUGUGUGCAGAGUAUUGCUAUCAUGAUGGUGAGUGUCCUGGAGAGCAGAAGUGCUGCAGGACUACAUGUGGCCACGCUUGCAGUGAACCCUGCUAAUUAGAUUUGGUACAUGGAGACAUUCAGACCAAUAAAGAACAACCCUCUUCUGAGAGAUCAGCCUUCUUAAGUGCAAAAAAUUCAAGUAAAAUCCCUCAGAAAUAGCUUUGAUAGGUUUAAACCAAAUCAACUAUGUAGGAAGGUAGAUCUCAAGCAAGUGGCUGAAUGACAUGGGAGGAAAUGUGUAUACAACUGCUUAUAGUUCAGUUAAUGAUUUAACUUUUUGGAAACUUAGUAGGUUGGUGAUCAUUUAACUAUAUUUAAACACCAUUUUUAUUCUGACUGAGUCAUGUAGAAUGAAUUCAACAGAAUAUGUUUUUCCAUUGAUUUUUAUCAUUGAUUUGUAACAUCAUUAUUAAAACCCAUUGUAUCUUU